GCCACGGCCCGGCCGGGUCCAGCGCGGCUGCUCCAUCACCGCCGCGUCCAUCCAUCCAUCCAUCCAUCCGUCCGUCCGUCCGUCCGUCCCUCCAUCCCGCGCGUCAAGGGCGGAUCGGGGACUUAGGCAGCGGCUGUCUCCACCCGGUCACAGCGCAGAGCCAUCUGGAUGGGGCACCCAGCCCAGAGUGCCUGCCCUCAUCUCUGCGGGCCUCAGUUUCCACAUCUGUGCCAUGGGCGGGACCUCCCCUGCCGUGCUGGUGUGGGCCAGCAGGUGUAACCGUGAGGCUGUGAGUUUGGUGACUGUCCACAGGAGGCCAUAGGGCCUGUCCCAGCCCCUUCCUCAAGGACACGCCCUGGCGGAACCCCCUCGCUCCCCAUCCCGGCAGGCCUGGCCUUCAGCAUGGCAGGAGGGAGACCUCAGCUGAAAAGGAGUUUCUCCAUCAUCCCUUGCUUCGUCUUCGUGGAGUCGGUGCUGCUUGGCGUGGUGGUUCUGCUCGCUUACCGCCUGGAGUUCACAGACACCUUCCCGGUGCAUGCCCAAGGCUUCUUCUGCUACGACAGCACCUAUGCUAAGCCCUACCCAGGACCCGAAGCUACCAGCCGGGCACCCCCUGCACUCAUCUAUGCCCUGGUCACCGCGGGACCCACCAUCACUAUCCUGCUGGCGGAGCUGGCCCGUGCCUUUUUCCCUGCGCCCCCCUCAGCUGUGCCUGUUGUCAGAGAGAGUACCAUUGUGUCAGGGGCCUGCUGUCGCUUCAGCCCCCCACUGCGGAGAUUAGUUCGGUUCCUGGGGGUUUACUCCUUCGGCCUCUUCACCACGACCAUCUUCGCCAAUGCGGGCCAGGUGGUGACGGGCAACCCCACGCCGCACUUCCUGUCCGUGUGUCGCCCCAACUACACGGCCCUCGGCUGCCCGCCGCCCUCGCCCGACCGGCCCGGGCCCGACCGCUUCGUCACCGACCAGGGGGCCUGCGCCGGCAGCCCCAGCCUGGUGGCUGCCGCCCGCCGCGCCUUCCCUUGCAAGGAUGCGGCCCUGUGUGCCUAUGCGGUCACCUACACGGCGAUGUACGUGACCCUGGUGUUCCGCGUGAAGGGCUCCCGCCUGGUCAAACCCUCGCUCUGCCUGGCCCUGCUGUGCCCGGCCUUCCUGGUGGGCGUGAUCCGUGUGGCCGAGUACCGCAACCACUGGUCCGACGUGCUGGCGGGUUUCCUGACCGGGGCUGCCAUUGCCACUUUUCUGGUCACCUGCGUGGUUCACAACUUCCAGAGCCGGCCGCCUUCCGGCCGAAGGCUCUCGCCCUGGGAGGACCUGAGCCCAGCCCCCACCAUGGACAGCCCCCUCGAAAAGUUAAGUGUGGCCCAGGAACCCGAGACGUGUAAGCCACCAGCGACGCCCGCACGGAUCACCCCAUCCAAACCGCAGAACUGCGCCCGCCGUGGCCACCUGAUCCCCAGCUGCGUGUCCUCGAGGGCUCCGGCCAUGUGCUCGUCACCCCGAGUGCCCCGACCCCGGCUGAGGUCCGAGCCCACGCCCCUGCCGCUGCCUAUGCCCCUGCCCGCGCCGCCCCCCAGCCAGGGCCCUUCGCCCUCCUCACCAGGGCCUGGGGGGCCCGGCGGGGGCGGCGGGCGGGGACGUAAGCUGCUCCUGCCCACGCCCCUCCUGCGGGACCUCUACAGCCUGAGCGGACUCUACCCCUCUCCCUUCCACCGGGACAACUUCAGCCCUUACCUGUUUGCCAGCCGUGACCACCUGCUGUGAAGCCCAGUCUCACCCCCCAACACCCCCAUGCCCUCACCCGCACCCCCAUCCACACUGAUCCUCCUUUUUCUUCCCCGUCACGCGUGUGUGUGCGUGUGCCGUGUGCGUGCCAAAGUCCCACCCCUGUUCCCCCCAGCUGGCUCGGCCCCGGGCAUCCAAAGUUGGCUGAAUAAGGAGGGUUAGAGUGAUAGUUCAGUGGGUGAGCGUUUGCCUUGUACGCUGUAGACCUGAUUUCAAUCCCCGGCAUCCCACAUGGUCCAUUGUCCCCACUCCCAGCACCGCCAGGAAUGACCCCUGAGUGCAGAGCCAGGAGUAACCCCUGAGCACCACUGAGUGUGACCCCCCAAAAAAAAGAAAAACUAAAACUAAACAAAGAA